CUAUGCAUAGAAGAGAGAGUUCCAUGGUGGAUACUACGGUUCCUCAUAGAAGAAGAACCCCUUCUUUCUCUUCAACCCUUCUCGAUGCCAUUUAUCGAUCCAUCGACGACUCCGGCUACGGAAACGAGCCGACAUUGUGCCAUUACAGGGAUAAAACAAGUGCAAACCCUGUUAAGAAACAGAGCAGCGGUGCUCCCAUGGAAGGUGGUCGAAAGGCUUCGAGUCUUAAACGUGAUAUCAUGAUCGACGAUUAUCGCUCAGUUGUUCAUUUCAACUCGACUUCGAGCUCCUCGGAUUCCAGCAACGGCGGAGUUUUCUCGUCGUCCGAAGCUGAGUCGGGUUAUAGAGAGAAAUCGAGAAGAUCCAAGCCGGUUAAGUACGAUAAAUCUACGCGGUUCUACGACGACGACGACGACAAUAAGAAGCGAGAAAAGGCCAAGCGAGAAAACGGCGGUGGGCUCACAAAGACCAAGCUGAAAGCAUUGAAAAUCUAUGGUGAAUUGAAGAAAGUUAAGCAACCAAUUUCCCCCGGUGGUCGUAUCACUAGCUUCUUAAACUCCAUCUUCAAUGCCAAUGCCAAGAAAGUGAAGAUGUGCUCCAAUGGGGUUUCGGCCGAUGUCGCUUUUCAUCGAAAAUCAAAAUCGAAAGCUUCAUCACCCUCUUCAUUCUCCAGGUCUUGUUUGAGCAAAACACCUUCUUCAAGAGGUGAUAAUAAUAAGUACAGUAAUGGUACUAAAAGGUCAGUUAAAUUUUGCCCAGUUAGUGUCAUUGCCGAUGAAGAUUGCAGACCUUGUGACCAUAAAUGCAUUUAUGAAGAAGAUCCCAGAUUAACGUCCUCUUCGACUGUUCAAAAGAAUCUUAAAGUUUCUUCAAGAACCGAGGAGUUGAAGAAAAAAGAAUAUGCAGUUAGCAGUAAAGCAAUUGAUUAUGUGAGGAGUUAUCAAAGAAGGGGUAUUGGGAAACUGGAUUUGAGAGGGUUUAUUGAAGAGAAUGAUGAUGAAGACGAAGAAGACGAUGCACUGAGUUGUUCAAGUUCGGAUCUUUUCGAGUUAGAUCAUCUCAUCGGAAUCGGAAGGUACAGAGAGGAACUACCGGUGUAUGAAACUACUAGGUUGAAAAAUAAUCAAGCCAUUGUUAAUGGCUUCAUGUUGUAACUUAUAAGCUCAUUUUCUCAAUUAUUUUUCGUCUUUCAAAUGUA